CGCGUCGCCUCGCGUCCGAAGCGACUCCGACGAUGUCGGAGUUCUUCUGGCGCAGCAGCGAUGCGGACUCGGACGACGGCAGCGAGGGAUCGCUGGACACGCUCCCCGGGCCGGAGGAAUUCUUACACGAGGCGCGAAAGGAAUUAAAAUUGGAACGCGCGGCGCGAUCGUCGCCGCUCCCCGGCGUCGCCGCGUCCGCGAUCGGCGCGAGCGGGGACUCCACGCUCCCGCCCGUGCCCGUAGACAGCAGCGACGACGACGUCCUCGACGCCGCGAGCGCGGGCGACGACGACGGCCGCGCGUCCGCGGCGGACGACGAUCGAAGCGCGUCGAUUCCGUCCGUCUCCGCGCGCCGAGCCUCGCUCGAGGACCGCGUCGAGAGCGCGGUGUUGGACCAACUCAUGGCGGACGCGAUCGAAGAGUUCAUCGUCCCGCGCGCGACCGUGGACGCGCUGGAGCGAAACCUGGAAGACCGCGUCGGGGCGGACGAUCCGAGAGGCGCGGCGUCGCCGUCGGAUCCGCUCCCGCCGAUGCGCCCGCCGACGACGAAGAUACUCCAUCCGGUCGCGUCGCCGUCGCCGCCGCCGCGGUCGCCGUCGCCGUCGCCGUCGCCGUCGUCCCCGCCCGCGAUCGCGGUCGACGAAGCCCGGCUCGCGCUGUCGAACGCGCUGCACGCGAUCGCGGACGACCUCGUCUCGAAGAGGUACGACGGCGGCGACGUCGACGAAGAUAUUCCUCUCCCCGCCGCCGCAGCCGCCGAAGACGACGUGCGGAAAGAAGCCGUCCGCGUCACGGGCGCGAUCGUCAAGACGUGGCGCGCGUGCGAGGAAGCGUCUACGUUGAUCACGAGCUGGACGGAGACUGGGCUGAACGCGGACGUGCUGGUCACGGACGACGACCGCGCGCUGCCGAGCGCGAGCGAGUGGCCGCUCUCGCCGAACGCGCUCGGGCCGAGGGCGGUGGUGGACGUCGUCGUGGGCGAGGAUGAACGCGUCGUCGUGCGCGUGCGAGUGACGGAGCCGCCGUCGCCGACGCGGUCGCGCGCGUCGUCGCGCGCGUCGUCGCGUGUCGCGUCCCCGGUCGCGUCUCCGGUCAAGGCGGCGGCGUCUCCGGUCGCGGCGGCGGGUCGCGAGCCCGUGCCCGUGGUUCCCGUGCCCGCGCCCGCGCCCGCGCCCGCGCCCGCGCCGGCGAAGAAGACGUUUGGCUGGACGGAGCUCAUGGGCAGACUCGCGUCGUCGUCUCUGCGAAGAAUCCAGCGGAACAUCGGGGUCUCGAGCGAGACGCAGACGGGGGAGGAAACGGAAGUUGUGAUGGAAGCGACGCCGGAGGAGGUCCCCGCCGAGGCUCCUCGCGACGAGGACGUUCACGCGGAGGCGCCGCCCGCGCCGGAGCCGGCGCCGCCGCUUCCGCGCGCGGUCGAGCGGAGCGCCGGCCGCACCUUGGACGACUGGUGCGACCUGCAGAACAUAUGCGGGUACAUGUACACGACGAAAAUAGCCUCCACCGCGUUCGACGCGUGGAUCGUCGCCGUCGUCCGCGGGCGCGAGCGUCGGAAGCUCGCCGCGGAGAGAGAAAAGGCGAUGAAAGUCGUCGACGCGGAGAUCGCGCGCAUGGAGAGCGUCCAGCGCGCCCUGCGUCACUGGAGAGCGGUCGUGAGGGAGAUCGCGCACGUGCGCAAGCUGCGUUAUAAGUCCGUGUCGCGGUCGUCGAUUCGGAAGCUCACGCGGUCGCCGCUGCCGGCGGCGUCGUCGGCGUCGCCGAGUCGGCGACGCGCGACGAGCGUCUCUCCGAGGACGACGCGCGACGCCGACGCCGGGUACGGGUACGGGUACGGGUCCGGGUCCGGCGAGCGGAGGAUCUCGAACAGCGCGUCCGCGCCACGCGGUCGCGGCGAGGGCGUGACCCCACACGCGCUGUCGCUGACGCCGUACGGCGUCGACGAGACCCCGGCGCCGACGACCACCGCGAAGUUCAUCGUGCCGCCGUCGUUUUGACGAGGUUGACGUCGCCGUCGCGUUUCUUUCGCGUCGAGAGGGCGUCGACCCGAGUCGCGACGCGUAGGAUCGCUCUAUUAUAUUAGUUUUAAUUUCCACUCUAAGAGUUGUCUC